AUGGCUUCUCUUAUUCCCAUUCCUGCCUCGGGGCUCUCAGUCUCCUAUCACGGGUUAGGCCGCAAGCUCUUGCUCAGAGCCGAGGGCGACAUCCCAGCUUAUUUUAUUACCCCGUUCUUUCAGCAAGAACUCUCGGAGGGCUGUUUGCGCUUUGCCCUCAAAGCCUACAAUGGUGUUGCAAUACCAGAAUCACCCCCACAGCAUAUCAACAUCACCUAUGAAUUACCUAUUCAUCUUCCCAUCCGAGGCUUCAACAACAGGACCGUCCUGAUCGACACGUCUUUGGGCACUUUCGAAAAGAAAAUUGAAUACAUCGAGUGGCCAGAGCCUCCUAGUGACGUGGAGCUGGUCGCUGCGGCCACGAGUGAUAGUGCCGCUCCCAUUGGCAGCCUAGACAGAAAUGAUGUCACGGUCAUCACUGUGCUACCACCUAUAGAAGUCUACCUCCCAGGGGAGGGCACGCUAUCUAUGACUUCCCUAAUCCCUAAGGAGCGAAACUCGAGGCUGGACAUUGAGUUCAAUCCAGACUUCGUUAGGGUGAUCAACGUGGGCAUUAGCCAGGGUUACAUCAAUUGGAUUGUCAACUGGGCCAAGGUUCUAACCGUUGAGGAUAACCUACAGAUUUUCAACGUUAUCACUACGACUAAGGCUGAGGUUUGGCCCGCCAUUUACCCUCCGUAUCCGAAUAUCUCCAAGGUCAUUCAGCCCUAUAUCAUCCGUGUUUGGCCUCCGCUCAACAAAUAG